AAUAACCCAUCAAUCCUCUUACUCGGGCCAAGUAAAACUGGUCUGAGCUUACACAGUUACAGUACCCAGGAGCAGCACACCUUCUCUGUCGCGCGCGAUUCUCUCUCCCUCUCCAAUGGUGAAAACCCAAAAAACCGUUCUCAUCAAAAAGUCAGAUAUUAUCGCCGAUCAAAAUCCCCUCCAGAAACCCAAACUCAAGAAACGAAAGAUUAUAAAAGCUCACCUCCCAACUCCUCCUCCCAAAACCACCCACACUGAUUCUGAUUCUGCUUCCGAUGAGAAUUCCAAUUUUGAUUCUGACUCCAUUGAUCUCCCAACUCUCCUUGAACCCUACACCAAAGACCAGCUCAUCGAACUCCUCUCCCUCGCGGCUGCCAAAUACCCCUCUCUUUAUCCCCUCAUCAAUGAACACGCGGACCGGGAGGCGUCCCACAGGAAAAUCUUCGUCCAUGGUUUUACCUGGGACAUCACGCGUGAAAAACUCCUCUCCGAAUUCGAACCCUUUGGAGAAAUCGAGGAUUGCAACGUUGUAAUGGACAAAGUCACUGGGAAAGCUAAAGGGUACGGUUUCGUUUUGUUCAAGACGAGAAAAGGUGCAGCUAUGGCGUUAAAAGAUCCCAAGAAGAAUAUUAAUAAUCGGAUUGCCAACUGCCAAUUGGCGUCUGUUGGGCCAGUUAACGGAGCUAAAAAUCAGGAUGUUGGAGCUAGGAAGAUAUAUGUGGGUAAUGUGCAAGGGAGUAUUGAUAAAGAAAAGUUUAGAGCUUUCUUUGCUAAGUUUGGAGAAAUUGAGUCUGGGCCGACAGGUUUUGAUAAAGAAACGGGAAGGUCGAGAGGGUUUGCUUUGUUCGUUUAUAAGACGGUGGAGGGAGCUAAAAGGGCACUGGAGGAACCACACAAAGUGUUUGAGGGUCAGCAGUUGCAUUGCUCUAUAGCCACGGAUGGGAAGAGCAAGACUAAUCAGGUGCAGGUACAGGUACAGCAACAGCAACAGCAACAGCAACUACCGCAGGGUCAGGUGUUGGCGGCAGUAGCAGCAGCGCAGAAUUUCGCAUUGUUUGGACAGCGCCCUGGGUUUAAUCCACUUUAUGGAGGGUUGUUGGGUAACCCACUUGCUGCUGCUGCUUCUCCUGGUCCUACUGGGAUAAUUAGUCCGGUAAUGGCUGGUGCAAUGAGCCAGAGUCUCGUGCCAACUCGUCAAGUUGGAGGAUUAGGAGUUGCACGUCAGUCACUGCUUGGGAAUUAUGGGGCAGGUCGGGGGUUGCAGCAUGUUUAUUCAAAUGCACGGACAGGACAGGGCGGGGUGCGUAGGGGUCAGGAGCUUUUUGGGUCAUUUGCUUGAUAUCCAACACAUAUGUGCCAUUUGCGAGCUUGACUUAGUCUAUUCUGCCGAUCGCUAAGGUUGAUUUUUAUCUAAUAAGAAAAGCUGAUUGCAUAUAUACACUCAGCAAUAAAUGAAAGCAUGCACCAGACGUCUGCAAGAAGAUACUUCAAGUAUGGAGUUUGAUACGAGUCACUCAAAAACUUGAGGUACCGAGUAGACUUUUAACCCAUCAACCACUGGGCAUUCCCAUGAUUACUUAUACUUCACCAGUGGAGGGAUGUUGGCUGUUUUUAUUACCAUACUGUUGCCUGGAUAUAAAUGCCUCUCUAAAAGAGCCAAACAUAGAUAAGUGAGAUUCGAACAGAAUAGGUAGUAAGUUUAGCAACAUUUAAUCAGAUCUUACUCGUAGAAUUGUUAAGCAUGUUAUUGUUUUAAUGGGGUUUCUGUUGCUGAUUUCAAUUCUAGGGAUUCUUCUCCUAA